AUGGUCUCGCAAAUGCAUUGCCAUUCAGUCAGUUCGGACCCAAAUUCGGUCUGCAACGCCGCCAAUUCUAGCUACGGCUUUCGGCCAGAACUCUGGGUGGGCAUCGUUUUUUCGUCACUUUUCGGCCUCGUGAUGUUCAUUCUCCUCGGCCUGCUUGCAUUCCACCGCGGCUUCCCCAAGUUUAUGGUCGUGGCCAUCGUCGCAGCAGCUGGUGAGACUGCGGGGUGGAUCGCAAGAACGUACGGCCACGUUGACCCGUUUGACAGGAACGGAUAUAUCGCGCAGACCAUCUGCCUCAUCCUCAGUCCCGCUUUCAUCAGCGCCGCCAACUACAUGGCGUUCCAGAAUGUUAUGGACGUCUUUGGCAACAAGUGGUCGCGCAUCCCGCGCAAGUACUACGUGAUCGGCUUCUGUAUUGGCGACCUGUUCUCGCUCAUCGUUCAAGCGGUCGGUGGCGCGCUCUCUGCCGAGGCCGAGACGCCGAGCGAGGUCGAUACGGGAAGUAACGUGAUGAUCACCGGUGUGAGCGUGCAAGUGGUGGUGACAGCGCCGUUCAUGCUACUCUACCUCGACUACAACUUGCGACGUCUUCGAGAGUGGGCCAAGCUGCCCAGGCACGAGCGACCCGACCGCAAGGUCGAGAUCCUCAACGCUGUCAUUGGCGUCAGUACACUAUUCAUCCUCGUUCGAUGCAUCUACCGUAUCGUCGAAAUGGCCGAAGGUUGGCUCGGCCACCUUGCGACGACGCCCGUCUACUUUGACGUUCUCGAUGGUCUCAUGAUCCUCUUCGCUAUUGGCAUCUUCAUCCCCUUCUAUCCCGGUCAACUUCUGCCCAAAGACAUGACACAGGGAACCAUCUACGAUGCGGCCGAGUCGGACGGGAUCGAAAAGCCGCAAAGUACCGACUCCGAGGCUUCUCAGGCCACUACAGAAUCGGCGACACCUCUCGAUCACAGCUCUCUCAGCGUUCACGGCCGCAUGUCUUGA